UAGUUUCAAAAACAUUAAAUUGCAACACAUAUGCCGUGGAUGGUGGAAAAUACACCAGUGGUCGAAUGGAACCGACCAUCAGAUUAUUUUUACCAUAGCCCAUUUGUUGAAGAAAGGAACUAAGCCUAAAGAUAUUCACUCAUACUCCACGUGAUCGGACUCCAGAACGCCAAGCUAACAUUAACGGCUGACGAGGCUGCAUGAACCGACGUGUCGUCUACUUAUCCACCUUCCUGGCAUUGGUCCUGCACUAAGAAAACGUAGUUAAGUAAAAAAAUUGCAUUACCCGUAAUAAUCUUUUUAAUUACUCCAGGUAACUAGAUUAUUUGGAUUAAUUAAACUAAAUUUUCUGGUACCAGUUUAAUCGAAAGUAAUAUACUAUUAAACUAAUAUGAAAAUAGCAAACCAUGUACCUGUUUAUUGAACUGUAUAGUUAGCUUGGGUAAUUUAUUUUAUGUAGAAAAGGUGCAUUUAAGCCAUUCAACUUUUUAAUAAAAACAGUUAAACUGUUUAUUUGACUCGGGGAUU